ACCGCCAGAGGGCGUAAUUGGUACUGGAAUAAGUUUAAUUUUGUAAAUCCCCGCCGGAAGUGCGUUACCGCGGCGUCUAGCUUAGCGGUCUAUGAUUAAAUGCUAGUUUCUGUGUAAUGGUUUCAGCUCCGAGUUGCGUUUUGAAACUGUAUAAUGCGGCGGUACAUGCGUGCACUGAUGCUGUGCAUGGUGUUUGCCGUGUUUUCGGGCUUGUAUGUUUACAGCAGGCUCUUUUACUCGGACGUGUCCGCCAGAAGAAACGGAGCAAAGAAGACUCUCAUCCCACUGAGAGCGUCUGGAGCCAGGCGAGGGGUCACGGAUAAAAACGCACACUCGUACAAUUGGUUUGGGCAGAGUAAAGGAAGAGAGAAGUGGUUGGAGUCGUGGCCUGGUUUUAUUCGCUACAGGUUCAGCUACAGAGUCUACUCCAUCAGGUUCCCCAAUGAGAAUGCAGCGGAGUGGAAGAAACUCUUCAAACCCUGCGCUUCACAGCGACUCUUCUUACCUCUCAUCUUAGAGGACGUUGACUCUAUUGUGUAUGUGGACUCAGACAUCCUCUUCCUGCAGCCGGUGGACCUCUUGUGGAGGUUCCUGUCUGACUUUAAUUCUUCUCAGCUGGCUGCUAUGGCUCCAGAGCACGAGGAGCCCCGCAUCGCCUGGUACAAUCGCUUUGCCCGUCACCCGUUCUACGGCAGGACGGGCAUCAACUCAGGGGUCAUGCUCAUGAAUCUGACACGUAUGAGGAGCAUGUUCUUUAAGAAUGACAUGACAUCAGUGGGGCUGCGCUGGGAAGAGCUCCUGAUGCCUCUACUCCAGAAAUAUAAACUGAACAUAACAUGGGGAGACCAGGACCUAUUAAAUAUCAUUUUCCACUAUAACCCCGAGUCCUUGCUGGAGUUUUCGUGCCAGUGGAACUAUCGCCCGGAUCACUGCAUCUAUGGCAGCAACUGUGCCUCAGCUGAGGAGGAUGGCAUCUACAUACUCCAUGGAAACAGAGGAGUGUACCACGACUACAAACAGCCUGCUUUCAGGGCUGUUUACGAAGCCAUAAAAAAGUACACUUUCGGCACAGACCCAGUGACGUCUUUGUUGGAGCCUUUAGAAGAGGAACUGUUAAAAACGACACACACUUAUUGUGGUAAAUCACACACACUCUUUACGAAGAGACUGGGGAACAGUGUGGCAAAGAUCAACAGGAAAACUCGGGAGUGGUGACGAACCUGAAGGACAAUGACGGGACACGGGCUUUAUGGAUGAUAAGCUUUUGCAAGGAAUUGAAGUCGUACCUGCUGAUUUUGAAAGCCUAAACACGCAAAAAAAAUCUAAUGAGUGAAACUUUGUCAUCAGCUGCUUGAGUUGAGGCAGCUGGGCUAGUCUUAGACUGAGACUAAUGACUGCUCAGCUCUUGUAACAAAGCUCUGAUCUUGGCCUCAGAUUGAAACAAGGACUUUGCUUUUUUUUUCCUUUCAUGAAUUUUUUAAAUUGAGAACAGAAGAUUUUUUUUAUUCCAUUUUGGAGAAUUUAUUUUGAACCUUGUGAGACACAAGAGAAAAUAAUCUCAUCAAAACUGGACAAAAAGGCUUUCUGCAGCGCUCAGUUGGAGAGGCACAUGCACUGGACCACUUUUCUUUUUUUUGUUCAGCUUCCAGAAACCACUCAGCAGUUAUUUAUGAGAAAGGACCAUGGGAAAAAAAAUAAAUGCGUACAAUGUACUGAAAGCGUGUGUCAGUAUACACUUGAUGGAAAUGUGAGUUUAAAAAUGGGGUGAAAUAGCUGUCUAAAUAUAUAUUAGCAUAUAGUUGUGCUGAAAUAAUUCUGGUGAAUGUGCAAAUAAGCUGUGAGCUCUUUCCUGAUGCCAAAGUAUUUGUUUGUUUUUUAAUAGUUUUUGCACUGC